GCUGGCUUUCACCUCAAUGUUCAAAGGUUAAGGUCAACUGUUAAGACAUAUCUGAAAAUGUCACAAAAAGUGGUUUUGUAUUAUGCACCGGGAUCGUAUUACUCGCAAAAGGUGUUUUUAUCCCUCUUCGAGAAAGGAAUAGAAUUUGAUGAGCAUAUUAUAAACAUACUGGCAGAAGAACAGAAUGCAGAAUGGUAUUUAAAGAUCAACUCCUGGGGCGAGGUUCCGGUUCUCAAACUUGGAGAUACAUACUACACAGAGUCAGAGAAUAUUAUCGAUGUUGUGGAUUCAACAUUUCAUUCGGGCCCUCGUUUGGUGCCAGAUGUGGAGACUGAACUUGGUGCUGAUGUUCGCCAUCUACGCGAGCUUUUGGACGAUAUUCCCGUUGACGUCAUCACUUACGGCGUUAGUGCUCACCGAAAGUACAUCACAAAUUACGAAGAUCGACCAUGGCUGAUCAACCGAUUUACCCGAAAAAGAAUAGAUUCUUCUUGGACCGCUCGAGAGGACGAAUACAGACGACAACUGCUCACCUGUAAACCAGAACUGCGGGAAUGCUUCGAGAAGAAACUGGGCAGGUCCAGCAGAAGACAUGCGCGUGUUCUCGAUGAAAACGAUGUUGGGAAAUGUCUCGACAAUCUGGAACCUGUGUUUGAUAAACUUGAAGAAAGAAUUCAGAAGACAGCAAAGGAGAACGAAAGUGGACAGGAAACGUGGCUGUUUGGUCCUGAGUUUACAGCAGCCGAUAUUACUCUCGCCGUAUUAAUGAUUCGCUUAACAAUGGUCGGGGUCAGUAGACGCUUUUUCUCGAUUGAAAAGCGUAACGGUGUCUUUGAUUACUACAUACGGAUGAACAAAAAACCAACCAUUAUAAAGGCGAAGGAAAAAAUGUAUACGAUGACUGGCAUUGUUGUUCGACAAAAACUCCGGGCUGCAGGAAAAGUUACCUUGAAGAUAGGAGCGGUCAUUGCGUUGCUUGGCAUUGGUUACCUAGGUUGCAAGGAAAUCAGCAAAAUACUUUCAAAAGAUUAGACAUGAUGUUCCUGUUCGGAAGGUUCAAAUAGUUGCAGUUUUACCAAACAAGCUUCAAAGGGUAAAAACAUUAUUUAAUAUUAUAGUGAUUUAUGGUACGUGUAACAUUCGUUCAAACUCUAGAGUUACCUUUUGUAUUUCCUUCUUUGAUGCUUUAUCAAAAUGAAAAUGGUAAAAGAAAUCUGCUAUUUGAAAAGCGUGGUGCCAUCUUUUGGUCUAAAAGUAUUCUAAUCUGCAUCGAAUAAAGCUACAAUGAUAAACUGCUUGAAAUAAAACACUAUUAGCCACGAAGGUAUAAUUAAGAAUAAUGUUUAUUAGGUGGCUCUGAUGAAAAAGCUAAAUAUGCUAUGAAGCUAACACGCAUAGCUUAAAAUCAGCUACAUGGGUAAUGAUCAUACACAAUGGUAUUAACUUGUACUGACGAGUAUAAUUCUUGAACCAAUUUGUAGUUGUAAUUGACCACAUUCCAAUUCAACAUUGUCUAGGCUCGUUUUGCUGAGACGGUUAGUUCUGCCAAUCUGAGUCAUCUUCAGACCCAAAGGUUAUGUAGUUUUGUGGUUAUAUGUAAUCGAAUAGCAAAAAAAACAUUUGUAGUAUAUAUGUAUUUUGCUAUUCGAUUACAUAUAACCACCAAAAAAAUUAUACUCUGAAGUCUACUUCAAAUGUAUUGAAAA